AUCACACCGAACAGAAUGGUAUUUUACUUCAGCAGCAAUGUUGUUCAGCCACCGGUGACGCUGUUCAUGGGAUUGGAUAAGUAUGAAAAUGAAGACCUAAUCAAAUGGGGCUGGCCAGAAGAUGUGUGGUUUCACGUGGACAAAGUGUCAUCGGCGCACGUGUACCUGCGGCUUGAAGCGGGUCAAACGCUGGACGAUAUACCAACAGCCGUUCUUGAAGACGCUUGCCAGCUAGUUAAGGCGAAUAGCAUCAACGGCAAUAAGAUGAACAAUGUUGACAUUGUGUACACGAUGUGGGACAAUCUGAAGAAAACACCCGCGAUGGAGGUCGGUCAAGUAUCGUUCCAUCGCGACAAAGAGGUCCGCAAGUUUCGCGUUGAAAAACGCAGCAAUGAAAUCGUAAAUCGGCUUAACAAAACAAAACGCGAAGAGUCAGUAGAUUUUCGAGCGGAGCGAGAGAAACGGGACGCAUCCGAGCGUGCAGAUAAGAAGCGUGUUGCGAGGGAACAACGUGAACAGGAGAAAGAAGAUCAGAAGCGGCGCCAGGAAGAGGCCGAACUGCGAAGCUACAACUCGCUGAUGAAAUCGGAAAACAUGACUACUAACUAUGACGCCGGUAAUGAUUCGGAUGAGUUCAUGUAG